UUCUCCACCCGAUUCGUCCCGAUUUCCCUUUUGCCUCUCUUUUGGAAACGAGAGAGGUGGAGGGAGGCAACGAGGUUGCAAAGGAGAGGCCCGCCAAGUCGGCCCGCCUGCAAAGUGUUCCUUUGACACAUCCUUAUUAUGGAAGUUAAGUGAAAAAACUCUGGACGUGGAGCUGCUACCGAGACGGAGACCAAGGGAAAGAAAACCAGUAGGCAGGCCAAUGUUUUUUCGGCAGCGCGCUGGCAAGUUUGUGGAACACUUUCUAGGAAUUAGGUCUUUUUCUUCCUUUCUUGACUUAUGAAGAAAGAACUUGGCUUUGGAUUGCCAUGGAGCCUGAGGAGAGAGGGUUAGACACACUUGAAUAAUCCCUCCGGCUGGGCUGAAUUCGUGGGAAUUUAGGAAUCCAGAGUGGAAAUACAGCAGCCUUUGGAGUGCCCUCUGUUAAUUCGGAUGGAUCUAAAUGUGCCCCAUUCAAGACCUCUCCACUAACCUCUUCUGAUCUUGCCAUUUGCUCUUCUUGACUUUAAUUAGCAGCUAGGAAAGUCUAAACUUUGGACCUACCUCUUUUUUUUUUGAUACUUAUUUUUGUACUUUUACUCUCUGGGAUUGGUUUCUUAAACAAUCUGGAUCCUUUUUAAUAUGUCAAAAUGAGUCGGCUGAUGUUUACACAACUACUGCUCUGUGGAUUUUUAUAUAUUCGGGUUGAUGGAUCUCGUCUUCGCCAGGAAGACUUUCCCCCGCGGAUCGUGGAGCACCCUUCUGAUGUCAUUGUCUCUAAGGGAGAGCCCACCACUUUGAACUGUAAGGCCGAGGGCCGGCCAACACCCACCAUUGAGUGGUACAAGGAUGGUGAGCGGGUGGAGACUGACAAGGAUGAUCCCCGGUCCCACAGGAUGCUCCUGCCCAGCGGAUCCUUAUUCUUCUUGCGCAUUGUGCACGGGCGCAGAAGUAAACCUGAUGAAGGAAGCUACGUGUGUGUUGCAAGGAACUACCUUGGUGAAGCAGUGAGUCGAAAUGCAUCUCUGGAAGUAGCAUUGUUACGAGAUGACUUCCGGCAAAAUCCCACAGAUGUUGUAGUGGCAGCCGGAGAGCCUGCAAUCCUGGAGUGCCAGCCUCCCCGGGGACACCCGGAACCCACCAUCUACUGGAAGAAAGACAAAAUUCGAAUUGAUGACAAGGAAGAAAGAAUAAGUAUCCGUGGUGGAAAACUGAUGAUCUCCAACACCAGGAAAAGUGAUGCAGGGAUGUAUACCUGUGUUGGCACCAAUAUGGUGGGAGAAAGAGACAGCGAUCCAGCAGAGCUGACUGUCUUUGAACGACCCACAUUUCUCAGGAGGCCAAUUAACCAGGUGGUGCUGGAGGAAGAAGCUGUAGAAUUUCGUUGUCAGGUCCAGGGAGAUCCUCAACCAACCGUGCGGUGGAAAAAAGAUGAUGCAGACUUGCCAAGAGGAAGGUAUGACAUCAAAGAUGAUUACACGCUGAGAAUCAAAAAGGCCAUGAGUACGGAUGAAGGCACGUAUAUGUGUAUUGCUGAGAAUCGGGUCGGAAAAGUGGAAGCUUCUGCUACCCUCACAGUCCGAGCUCGCCCUGUUGCUCCUCCACAGUUUGUGGUUAGGCCAAGAGAUCAGAUUGUUGCUCAAGGUCGAACAGUGACAUUUCCCUGUGAAACUAAAGGAAACCCACAGCCAGCUGUGUUUUGGCAAAAAGAAGGCAGCCAGAACCUGCUCUUCCCAAACCAACCCCAACAGCCCAACAGUAGAUGUUCUGUGUCACCAACGGGGGACCUUACAAUUACCAACAUUCAGCGAUCCGACGCGGGUUACUAUAUCUGCCAGGCCCUAACUGUGGCAGGAAGCAUUUUAGCAAAAGCUCAACUGGAAGUUACCGAUGUUUUGACAGAUAGACCUCCACCUAUAAUUCUACAAGGCCCAGCUAACCAAACGCUAGCAGUAGAUGGUACAGCAUUACUGAAGUGUAAAGCUACUGGGGACCCGCUUCCUGUAAUUAGCUGGUUAAAGGAGGGAUUUACUUUUCUGGGUAGAGAUCCAAGAGCAACUAUACAAGAACAAGGAACCUUGCAGAUUAAGAAUUUACGGACUUCUGACACUGGCACUUACACUUGUGUGGCCACAAGUUCAAGUGGGGAGACUUCCUGGAGUGCUGUGCUGGAUGUGACAGAGUCUGGAGCAACAAUCAGUAAAAAUUAUGAUUUAAAUGACCUGCCUGGACCACCAUCCAAACCACAGGUCACAGAUGUUACUAAGAACAGUGUCACCUUGUCCUGGCAACCAGGUACCCCUGGAACCCUCCCAGCAAGUGCAUAUAUCAUUGAGGCUUUCAGCCAAUCAGUGAGCAAUAGCUGGCAAACAGUGGCAAACCAUGUAAAGACCACCCUCUAUACAGUGAGAGGACUGCGGCCCAAUACAAUUUAUUUAUUCAUGGUCAGAGCAAUCAACCCCCAAGGUCUCAGCGACCCAAGUGCUAUGUCAGAUCCUGUGCGCACACAAGAUAUCAGCCCACCAGCGCAAGGAGUGGACCACAGACAAGUACAGAAAGAACUAGGAGACGUCAUUGUUCGCCUUCACACUCCGGUCGUACUGACUCCCACCACUGUUCAAGUCACGUGGACGGUUGAUCGGCAACCCCAGUUUAUUCAAGGCUACCGAGUGAUGUACCGUCAGACUUCAGGCCUGCAAGCGAUGUCAACGUGGCAGAAUUUAGAUGCCAAAGUCCCAACUGAGCGCAGUGCUGUCUUAGUCAAUCUGAAAAAGGGGGUGACUUAUGAAAUUAAAGUUCGACCAUAUUUUAACGAGUUCCAAGGAAUGGAUAGUGAUGCUAAAACAGUUCGUACUACAGAAGAAGCCCCAAGUGCCCCUCCACAAUCUGUCACUGUCCUGACAGUCGGAAGCCACAAUAGCACAAGUAUCAGUGUUUCCUGGGAUCCUCCUCCACCAGAUCAUCAGAAUGGAAUUAUCCAAGAAUACAAGAUCUGGUGUCUGGGGAAUGAAACGCGAUUCCACAUCAACAAAACUGUAGAUGCAGCCAUUCGAUCCGUAAUAAUUGGUGGAUUAUUCCCGGGUAUUCAGUACCGGGUAGAGGUUGCAGCUAGUACCAGUGCAGGAGUUGGCGUAAAGAGUGAGCCCCAGCCGAUAAUAAUUGGGGGACGAAAUGAGGUUGUCAUCACUGAAAACAAUAACAGCAUAACUGAGCAAAUCACUGAUGUUGUGAAGCAACCAGCCUUUAUAGCUGGCAUUGGUGGUGCCUGCUGGGUAAUUCUGAUGGGUUUUAGCAUCUGGUUGUACUGGCGGAGAAAGAAGAGAAAGGGACUCAGUAAUUAUGCUGUUACAUUUCAAAGAGGAGAUGGAGGACUAAUGAGCAAUGGAAGCCGCCCAGGUCUUCUAAAUGCUGGAGAUCCCAGUUAUCCAUGGCUUGCUGAUUCGUGGCCAGCCACGAGCUUGCCCGUGAACAAUAGCAAUAGUGGCCCAAAUGAGAUUGGGAAUUUUGGGCGUGGAGAUGUGCUGCCACCAGUUCCGGGCCAAGGGGAUAAAACGGCAACGAUGCUCUCAGACGGAGCCAUUUAUAGCAGCAUUGACUUCACAACCAAAACCACUUACAACAGUUCCAGCCAAAUAACACAGGCUACUCCUUAUGCCACGACACAGAUAUUGCAUUCCAAUAGCAUACACGAACUGGCUGUUGAUCUGCCUGAUCCACAGUGGAAAAGCUCGAUUCAGCAAAAAACAGAUCUGAUGGGAUUUGGUUAUUCUUUGCCUGAUCAGAACAAAGGUAACAACGGUGGGAAAGGUGGAAAAAAGAAGAAAAAUAAAAAUUCUUCUAAACCACAGAAAAACAACGGAUCGACCUGGGCCAAUGUUCCGCUACCUCCUCCCCCAGUCCAGCCCCUUCCUGGUACAGAGCUGGAACACUAUGCAGUGGAACAGCAAGAAAAUGGCUAUGACAGUGACAGCUGGUGCCCGCCGUUACCCGUACAAACUUACUUACACCAGGGUAUGGAAGAUGAACUGGAAGAAGAUGAUGAUCGCGUCCCGACACCCCCUGUCCGAGGCGUGGCUUCUUCCCCCGCCGUCUCCUUCGGGCAGCAGUCCACCGCAACUCUGACACCAUCCCCACGGGAGGAGAUGCAGCCCAUGCUGCAAGCUCACCUGGAUGAGUUGACAAGGGCCUAUCAGUUCGAUAUAGCAAAGCAAACAUGGCACGUCCAAAGCAAUAAUCAGCCUCCACAGCCCCCAGUUCCACCACUAGGUUACAUGUCCGGAGCCUUGAUUUCCGAUUUGGAAACAGAUGUUCCAGAUGAUGAUGCUGAUGACGAAGAAGAAGUGUUAGAACUCCCCAGGCCCCUGAGAGCCCUGGAGCAGACGCCCGGGUCCAGCAUGGACAAUCUAGACAGCUCUGUGACAGGUUCAAUGGUAAAUGGAUGGGGCUCUGCAUCUGACGAGGAUCGUAACUUUUCUAGUCAUAGAUCUAGUGUAGGUAGCUCCUCAGAUGGCUCCAUCUUUGCCAGCGGCAGUUUUACACAAGCACUGGUGGCAGCAGCAGAUAAAGCUGGUUUUAGGCUGGAGGGAACCAGCCUUACAAGAACAGGCAAAGCCUUUACCUCCUCUCAGAGGCCUCGGCCAACCAGCCCAUUUUCCACUGACAGUAACACCAGUGCAGCCCUGAGUCAGAGUCAGAGGCCUCGGCCCACUAAAAAACACAAGGGAGGCCGAGUGGACCCACAACCAGCAUUGCCUCAUCGAAGGGAAGGACUGCCAGAUGAUCUUCCACCACCACCAGAUCCCCCUCCAGGUCAGGGUUUAAGGCAGCAAAUAGGCCCGAGCCAGCAUGCUGGUAACGUGGAAAACUCAACAGAGAGAAAAGGAAGCUCUCUGGAGAGACAACAAGCAUCCAACUUAGAAGACACAAAGAGCUCACUGGAUUGUCCAGCUAAAACGUCCCUAGAGUGGCAGCGACAAACCCAGGAAUGGAUAAACUGCACAGAACGUCAGGAAGACACACGGAAAGCCCUCCACAAACAAGGUGUUGGACCAGAGGAGACCUUGGUGCCCUACAGCAAGCCCAGUUUCCCAUCUCCAGGGGGUCACAGCUCAUCAGGAACGGCUUCUUCUAAGGGAUCCACUGGCCCCAGGAAAGCCGAGCCCUUGAGGGGAAGCCACCAGCGCAAUGCCAGCGACCUUCUUGACAUAGGAUAUAUGGGUUCAAAUAGUCAAGGACAGUUUACAGGUGAAUUAUAGUAACUGAGAGGAGACAUGCAAAGCUGCUCUGAAGGACCAUCAGGUCUGAACUCAUGGAAGUGAUGACACGAACAGUGCAAUGAACAAUUUCUUUAUUUAUGUACUAUUAAAAGAACUGUAAAUGCAAUGUAAAGACACACAGCCACACACACCCCACAGAUAUUUUACUUGUGUUCUCUUAAGUACACCACCCACCUUAACUCUUUCUUGUCAGGAGUAUAUAAAAAAAGAAAGAAAACAAAGCUCGCCCUCCAGGAAGAAAAGGAUUUUCCUCUGUAUAUAAUUUCUUUUGUGCAUUGCUAUGCAAGCUCACUCUUUUUAGCUCUGUUCAUAUUACUGUCUGUUCUUAUUGGUCUGUUGUACUAUAUGUGAAUUAAUAGGCUGUGGUGCCAUAUAUUAACUUUUAAUUGUGUAACUUUUAUGUUUAAAUUUUGCACUGCGAUUUUAUUUGGUGAUAAGCACAAAUCUCUACUCCUCGUGACAUGAAGAAAAAGACUGAAUGUGAAGGGAGUUUCUGUACUGUAAGCUAGGUUGGAUAAUGCUGGUUGUAACCAAUCACAUUAGAGGGUUUUCAGUUGGGGUGUAGAAAUAGGAAGAUACAAAGGAACAGUGGCGUUGGCGAAGUCUUCUUUGAACAUCAAGAACUGAGUCAAUUAAAAAAAAAGCAAAAAGGUGGCUUUUACUAUUGACAGAAGCAGGAGUCAAAAGAAGGAAGUUGAAGUCUUAAGACUGAAGAGGCAUUAAGAUACACAGGUAGCAAAGAUGUACUAAACUUGCUAAAAAUAAAAAAAGGAAAUUAAAGUUAUAUUUAGAAUCAA